AUGGUCGCUGUUUCUGAAUACCUAUCUCAGAACGGAGGUGGACCCUUUGGUGCGAGGACAAGCAGCGGAAGGAAAUCGAGACACAGCCGGAGUCUGGACGCGGCCCGACUGGAGAUCAAGGAGAUUAAUCACAGCCUCCUCUCCAGCAUGUACGUCAAGGAUAAGACCAUAGCAGAGGAGAGCCAGGAGCGCUCACAGGAAUUUCUGAAUCAUAAACACCACAAAAGCUUCCACAAGCUGUUCCCAGAUAUUCCCGAGGGGGAGAACCUGACACACGUGUUCACCUGUGCCUUGCAGAAGGAGGUGCUGUAUCACGGAAAACUCUUUCUUUCCAAGAACUACGUGUGUUUUUACUCAUCCGUGCUGCUCAAAGACACCAAGGUGGUGAUUCCUACGUCCAGUGUCAGCGAGGUGAAGAAACAGAACGCAGCUUUGGGCAUGCUGUCCAUCCAAACCGCUGAUGGAGAGAAGCACACAUUUGUGUCUUUGAGGAACCGUGAAUUGUGCCUCACACUCCUGGAAAGCCUCUGCUCAUAUGCACAGCAGAGAGAGAGUCAAAACAGCAGCCCUCAACUCUCCUCUAUAGAAAAUCCAGACGAUCACGAUGUGGGGUCCAGUUAUUCCAGUCUUGACGAGAGCGUGGAUCGAGAUCUGAGCCGACAAAACUGCAUCGAUUAUGACAACUUUUCUGAGCUAGGAAGUGAAGGUGCGACAAGAUGCAGAUCCACUCCUCACAGAAGCCCAAAAAACAACAGAGCUGCAUCGUGGAUGUGGAGUGGUGUUGAGACGGCGGCGUCAUUGGUCUUCCUCAGAGAAAUGAGGAAUCUCAGCGUUUUCUUCUACGUCUACUUUAUGUUAAUUGUGCUGCUGCUGCUGGCGUCUGGCUACAUGUCGCUGAAGAUGUUAGCGCUGGAGGAGCAGCUGAACUCUUUGGGGGUCCUGACUGAGCUGUCUCUGCACCACAGAGAGUGA